AGCUGCUGCUGGGAGAGGGAACAAACGUCUAACCUCAAUGCUUGAAAUACAUUUUUAAUAUUUGUCUACUUGUUUAUUUUCGUUGUCUAAAAAUGAAGUGCCUUCCCACCGGAUUCAUCCUAAAAAGUGCCUUAUUUCCCUUAUUGCUCACCUUUCCAUUGAUCUAUGGAACGCGGUCCCGGUAUAACCAGGGAUAUAACAUGUUCCAGGGAAGCGCAUACUCUGGCUCAGAACAAAGACAGAGGAAUAAAAACUGGUGCGCAUACGUUGUGCACAAGAAUGUGAGCUGUGCGGUCGUGGGAGGUACGGAGAGCUUUGUGCAGCCGGAGUCAGCGCCUUGCCCGAAGCAUCAGCCCAACUGCGCGCAACAAGUGAUGUAUCGGACCCAAUUCCGCCCCAUGUAUAAGGUUGGCUAUAAGCUGGUGACAGAGCUGGAGUGGAGGUGCUGUCCAGGCCACCAGGGUCAAGACUGCAAAGACUUUAAAGGCAUCCCAUCCAGUCAGACAGUGCUGGGGCCCCUGCCCACCCUGCCUCCUGCCCCUGAUCACGUCCCAGAGACACAGGAUCUGGGACAGCAGGCAUGGGGUCAGAGUGGCCACCCCUGGGGGGCAGGGAGGCAACCAGGAGGUCAGACAGGCCAAGGGCCGGCAGGGGGCCAGGGAGGGAGUCAGACGACACAGCAGCUGGAGGUGGUGGUACAGCGUCUGUCCCAGCAGAUUCUAGACAUGCAGGCAGCCAUGACUAGCCUGUCGGCCAACCUGAGGGUGGACCUGCAGGAGGACACCAGCAAGAUGCUGGUCACGCUGCUCAACGUCUUGCGGCAGCCAGACAGCGUGCGUGGGGAGCAGCAGAGCAUGCUGCUGCAGGGCCUUUCCCUAGAAAAAGAAUACAACACGGUGGAAAUAGACAAGUUCACGAGCAAGAUCAACCACCUCAACGACACCAUCAACACCAAGAGCAAUGUACUGGACGACCUCCAAGCCAGAGUCAACCACCAUGACGGACAGCUCCACCUGCUAAUGGAGGCCAGCCCGGCCUCACCCCAACCCGCUCCUCCAGCCAAUGAUGCGACCCUGCGCGCCUAUGUGGACACAAAGUUCCACGCCCUGAAGGACGAGAUGAUGGAGGGCAUGGAGAUCAAGAUGGCAGACCUGAAGAACUCAUGUGACUAUAAGAUCCUGUCGGUGCAGGAGCAGUGUGCGGGCCAGCAGAACAGCUACCUUAGCCUGACCGAGCUCCUCGAGUCCAAGGAGAUGGACCUCCGCAAGGAGCUCCAGGACUUCAAGAACCAGCUGCCUAAUUCACAGAGGGGAGACGGAACCCCUCCAGGGGUGGAGGAGCUGCGAAAGGAGCUGUUCCGGGCCGCUGAGGCCCAGCUGAGCCUCCAGUCCAGCCUAGAGGAGAAGUCCAAGCCUGACCCACUCCUGCUCCGUGUGGAAGAGCUGGAGGCCCGUCUCAACAUGUCGGAGAGGAGCGAGGAGGUGCGCAGCAUCUUCCUGGAGGAGAAGCUGAGGAGAGAGGGGGCGGAGGGGGCCGCAGACCUGAAGAAGGCUAUGGGGGACAGGAUGAGCUCCAUGGAGGACCGGGUCACCACUCUACUGGUGGGAAUAAGCAGCCCCGUAUCUGGGGCUCAGACUGUGCUAGAGGCACUGCAGAGUGCUCAGGCUCUGGAGGACAGACUCAAUUCCCUAGAACAGCUGUGCUCUACGGAGUGCAAGUCUGACCAACCGGCCAUAGAGCGCAUUCAACAGAACCUCCAGGUCUACAGAACUAGCCUAGACACAAUGCAGUCUAGCAUCAAUGGGCAUUCAGCUAGUCUUGGAGACAUGGAAAAGUUUGUCCAAGGGCAGCUCCUGAACCAUACCGCCAGUCUUACAGAUGUGCAGGAAGAAGUAGGAGCUCUUAAAGGACGUAUGGGAGGACAGGAGGGCUCUCUGUCAGCAAUGGGUCUCUCUCUUAGACAGCAGUCCCUGGAGCUCCAGGGACAGCUUCUGAACCACAGUGCCACUCUUACAGGCGUGGAAGAAGCACUAGGAGCUCUCAGUGGGCGUAUGGGAGUACAGAAGGGCUCUUUGUCAGACUUGGGUGUCUCUUUCAGUGCUAAUCUUAAAGAUGUGGAGAAAGAGCUGGGAGCUCUUAGUGGGCGUAUGGGAGAGCAGGAGGGCUCUCUGUCGGCCCUGGGUCUCUCUCUCAGCCAGCAGUCCCUGGAGCUCCAGCAACUGAACACCUUUUGCCUGAGCAGUGCAGGGCCAGCCCAGGAGGCCAAGGACCUGCUAGAGCUCCACCUGACCCAGAGAGAGGAGCUGAGGGCCAGGCUGGAGGAGCUGGGCCGGGAGGUGAGGGCUGAGGCAGACCACUGCAGGAACAGGACCGAGGACGUAGCACUGGACGUUGCCAGCAUGGACAGCCGGGUUAUCAGCUUGGAGAACGUGUGUGGUAGGCUGGAACCCAUCUCCAGCAGCCUGCAAAGGAUCAAGGAGGGGCUGAACAAGCAUGUGACCGGCUUGUGGAACUGCGUCAACCAGAUCAACGGCACCUUGCAAGCCCACACCAAGGAUAUCAGAGGACUGAAGGGAACAUACCAGAACCUCCAGGACCACUACUCGGGCAUCACCCAGGCCCUACAUCAUCUGACCACCAGUCCUGAGAACACUGGUGUUCAUGUAGGUGUGGAGGAGUCUGUUAAUCCCACUGAGACCAAGCUUGUUCCUCAGCGCCCUGUCCUACCCAUUGGUCCAAUACCAGAUGGGGUCCUACCACAUAUGAUGGAGACUGGGGAGGCAGGAGCCCCCGGAAUCAUCAUCUCUUCCAAACCGCCCAAAGGGGCCGACGGCAGCAUGUCCACCCUCAAGGGCUUUGCUGGAGCCCCAGCCUCCCGACCUUCUACAGGGUCUUUAAAGCCUAAUAUGCCAGUGAUUUCUGUUGCCCACAUUCCUCUGAGACCGUCAUUUCUUAAACCAUAUUUAACAGGUGAGCGGGUGUCCUUCUCGGCUGGUCUCAACCGCUUGCCCUUCCCUGGGGAGGUGGGCAUCAUCCGCUUCAACAAGGUGUUGGUAAACGAUGGGGGACACUAUGACCCUCACACAGGCAUCUUUAACGUUCCCAUGGAGGGCCGCUACCUGCUGAGUGCCGUGCUGACAGCCCAGAGAGGUGCCAGGGUGGAGGCGGUGUUCUCUGUGUCCAACCGCAGCAUCCAGAGGCUGGACACGGCCGGUUACCUGCCUGAUAAUGGUGGAGGAGGUGGGGCUGGCUCCACCAGCUGUGACUGCGGAGGCUCUGCCUCCCUGAGCCUGGUUCUCACUCUGAUGCGUGGGGACAGGGCAGGUUUAGUCAUGACCGCAGGCAAACUUGCCAUCUCAGAGAACACAGAGGUCCUCUCAACAUUUAGCGCCGUGCUUCUCUACCCCACCCCCUCAAAAAAAUAGCUGCCAUGUUAUAGACAAAGUUAUCCCCUAAAAAAAAAGAGAACCCCACCAAUGAUAUUGCUUUAUGUAGCUCCACCCUCAAAACAACACUCCUACUUUAGAUGUAUGCCUUGUUCACGUGUUAGUCGGAACUAGGAAACUCUGAAAUUUGACUUGCUAAUUGGUUGUAGUUCUACUCGUGUCGUGUUCAACCAGUUAGCAAGAUGGUACUUUCUGAGUUUCCUAGUUCCGACUAGCACGUGAACGUGGCAGUAGUAUGCCCACCAUUGCAUGCCUUACAGGUAUUUUAGUAAAACAGGUAGAUUGCUUUAACGUACUAUCAUAUUACAGAGCUUUCAUACAAAAAGAGAUGUAUCAAAUAUUUGAUCAUAGGAUUCUUAUGGAGGGGACGGGGCAGGCUACUGCCAUUUAUGGAGUAUUAACAUUUAGUGAUUGAUUAUAUUUGAAAUGUUUGAAUGUGUGCUUGUGUUGAUGUGUUCAAUUUGUUUACAUUUGUUGUAGUUAUUUUCAAAUGACUAUUUUAUGAGAACAAUCAAUUACAAUACUGUACAUACAGGUAACUGACAAAAUAAAAGAAACGCCAACAAAGUUUCUUAAUUGGGCGUGGGGCCACCACAGCUUCAAUGCGCCUUGGCAUAGAUUCUACAAGUGUCUGGAACUCUAUUGGAGGGAUGCGACACCAUUCUUCCACGAGAAAUUCCAUAAUUUGGUAUUAAGUUGAUGGUGGUGGAAAACUUUCAGGCACCGGCCCAGAAUCUCCCAUAAGUGUUAAAUUGGGUUGAUCUGGUGACAGACAGCAAUGGCAUAUGGUUUACAUUGUUUUCAUGCGCAUCAAACCAUUACUUGUGGAUGGGGGCAUUGUCAUCCUAUGGGGGUCAUAGCCAUAGUAGCCCCAAAACUUGCUAAAAUGUAUAAAAUGCCCAGCAUUUUAUACAUGACCCUACACAUGAUGGGAUGUUGAUUGCUUAAAUAACUCAGUGUUCCACCUGUGUGGAAGCACGUGCUUUCAAUAUACUUUUGUAUCCCUCGUUCAUCAAGCGUUUCCAGUAUUUUGGUAGUUACCUGUAGCAUCGUUAGAGGAACUAACGUUAAACAAAUAAGCUGGUCAUUUUUCUACAUGACAAGGGAUCCAGAACUUUUCAACAAGGACAGUUGUUUUGAAAGGUCUUUUUGUAUUUCAACACAUCCCAAUGAGUCAAUGUUCUUUAGGACCAAUGCCUGAAAAGGAAAUGUUUCAGUACCUUUUCUUGGAUCAGAGGACUUAAAUUCAGCCCCGGGGGCCAGUAAUAAAAGCUUUGUUUAAACAGUG